UUUUCUCUCUCUCUCUCUUCGUGGGGUGUGGAUUGACAUUUAGGAGUGAGCAAGGUUCUCUGUCAAUUAGACAGUUGCUGUGGGAAGCGGAGAGGAGUGCAUGAACAGAGGGAGCUCCUGGUGGGAAAGAGAGGGAGAAGGAGCUAUGAACUAAUAAGCUCGUCCACUUCAAGUGAAGCAGUCACUACCAUAGAGGAGGAUAACCACAAACUCCUCCGAAAAUCUGUCACAUCCACAUCUGCACAGCGGUCAACAGAACAACCUACUCACAAUUUAUAACUCAAACUGUCUCCACUUUGCUUUGGUACCCAUUCCAUGAAGAAGCAGGAGACAGGCUUCCAUUGAGUCAGGGACAGUGAUGGGUUUACAGAGAGGGGCACUGCGAUGGGCACUUCCCUGGCUGCUGUUGGUCAUGGCUGGAGGGUCACACGGCUCCCUGGUGAAGACUAACCUAGGGUUGAGGGUGAAGAGGGGCCAGUCGGCCUACCUGCAGGAGGGGGACCUGCAGUUCCACAUCCCCCCGAUGAAGGACGCCUGCAAGGUGGAGGUGGUGCUCAACGAGCCAAUUACGCAGAGGGUGGGGACGCUGACACCCCAGGUGUUUGACUGCCACUACCUGUCUGAUGACGUAAAGUAUGUCCACAAUGGCUGCCCGAUACUAAAAGAAGAUACUGUCAAGCUUCGACUCUACAGGUUCACAGAGACAGAGACCUUUACAGAGGUCUUCUUCCUGCGUGUGGAGAUCAUGGAACCUGACUGCAACAUCAUCAAACUAGGGCCCAAGUCCCUGGUGGUGCCAGAGUUCUACGGCCUGUCCGACACGCUGGAUGGCAACGUGGUGUCCUUCCACUAUGAGAGGAUGACCAGUCUUGAGUGUAACAUCCGUGUGAACACCCACGAGACACACCUCCCGGGUCAUGGUCAGUUGGUCAUUGGGGAGCCAGACCAGCUGGAGGCCAGAGGGGACGAGCCGGAGAGCUUCAUUCCUCUCCGGCAGCAGCUAGAUAACAAGGCCAGGGCCAUGUGUAAGACUGAGGACUGCCUGAACGGCCUGAAGCUGGCAAAGGUUAUCAAAGUGCCCUGUGAUGAGUUCCUGGUGAUGGGCCUUAGGUACCAGCACAUAGACCCACCGUCUCCAGACGUAGACUACAUCGCCCUCCGACUGGACCUCACCGACACCAGGAGUGGGAGCAUAUACCAGUCGGAGCGGGCCUGGAUACCUGUCCACAUCCCUGGCGCUGUUCCCAACCAGCCGCCCAAGCCAGCCUUCAUGUCCAUGUUUAUCCUGGAAGUGGACCAAUUCAUCCUCACGCCCCUCUCCACUGCCACCCUGGACGCAGAGGACGGAGAGACCCCCAAACAGCUGCUGGUGUUCAACAUCACCAAGCCCCCCCUAGAGGGCUUCAUCACCCACCUGUCAGACCACACGCGGCCCAUCUUCUCCUUCACCUGGGUGGACCUCAACGACAUGCUUAUCGGCUACCAGCCACCCAACUCAUCCCACACCCAGCGCAGGAACUAUGAGGUGGAGUUUGAGGUACAUGACUUCUUCUUUGAGAAGAGCGCCCCGAUCAUGGUCCACAUGUCAGUUAGAACAGCAGACACCAAUGCACCCAGGGUGUCAUGGAACAUGGGUCUUAGUCUUCUUGAAGGUCAGUCUCGUCCAAUCACUUGGGAUCAGCUCCAGAUUGUGGACAACGACAACUUCAAGGCUGUACGCAUCAUCACUGUCGACGGCCUCCAGCACGGCAGGCUAACACUGAGAGGUGGCAAGGGUUUCAUGUUCACUGUUGCCGACAUCCUCGCGGGCGCCGUGCGCUACCAUCACGACGACAGCGACACCACCAAGGACUUCAUCAUCUUCCGCAUCACCGAUGGGCGCCACCAGACCCGGCACAAGUUCCCCAUCAACAUCCUGCCCAAGGAUGACAGCCCACCAUUCCUCAUCACCAACACAGUGCUGGAGCUCUCUGAGGGCCACACGGCCCUGCUGAGAGGAUCCAUACUGCAGGCCUCAGACAUGGACUCAAGCGACGACUACAUCCUGUUCAACAUCACCCGGCCACCGCAAGCUGGAGAGCUCAUGAAGAUCCCUGGUCCUGGACUCACUGGUUAUCCUGUCAGCCGUUUCCUGCAGAAGGACUUGUUCCACUCUGUGGUCUACUACCGCCAUCUCGGGAAUGAGGUGUUUGAUGACUCCUUCGAGGUGGUGCUCUCGGACUUCCAUGACCCACCCAACCUUUCAGAACCUCAGGUCAUAGUGGUGCACAUCAGCCCUGUGCCUGACCAGCCACCUAAAGAGGUCCCUGGGGUGACUCGCUGCCUGGUGGUCAAAGAGACAGAGGUGGUCCACCUGACCAAGAAGCAGCUUCACUUCAUCGACCUGGAGUCCCCUGACAGCGAGCUCACAUACACUGUUACCACUCCGCCCUUCUACAGCAGGUCUUAUGGGGGCCAUGAUGCAGGGAGGCUGUUCCUGGUUGACAGCAUUGCCAAAUUCACCAAGGAUGCUGAAGCCCCAGUGUUAAGGUUAUUCACACAGCAUGCAGUCAACUACAUGAAAGUGGCCUACAUGCCUCCCAUCCUGGACAUUGGGCCUUACCCGCAGCACAUCCAGUUGGUGCUCUCCGUUACCAACCAGCAGGGAACCACAGUCACUGGCAUCUGCUUCAACAUUACCGUGGUGCCAGUGGACAACCUGGCCCCAGAGGUGCACAUGAAACCUCUGACAGUGGACGAGGGUGGGGAGUGCUGGGUGGGUCCGGACCACCUGCUGCUGGCAGACCAUGACUCGACAGAGGAGAGCCUGAGAGUGGAGCUGAAGAGAGAGCCUCAGCACGGAGCUGUUCAGCUGGAUGGCUUCUCCAUGAAACCGGGCCAGAACUUCACUGUUCGCGACCUGAAAAGCCUAAAAGUUAGAUAUCACCACGACAGCUCGGAAACAGUGGGUGAUGCCAUUGAAUUAAUCGCUACCGAUGGAAUUAACGCAAUCAACUUUGUUCUGGAAGUUAAGGUGACACUGAUCAAUGAUGAGGUUCCAGUUCUCAUGCCAGGUCUGAAACCUGUUCUGGACUGUGCAGAGGGACAGGAAGUCAUCAUCACCACUGAGUACAUUUAUGCAACAGACGCAGACAGUGACGAUAACAGUCUGACCUACAUGAUUGCCCGUCAGCCAUACCAUGGCGUGGUGCGCAAAAACGCCAUUGUGGUCGAUCGCUUCAUUCAGGCAGACAUUGUCGCAGGGAGUGUCACCUACGAACACACAGGAGCGGAGAUUGGACUAGCCCCUCGACACGACACAAUCACGUUUGUGAUAUCCGACGGGCAGGCGGAGAACGCUCCGUCAUGCUGUAAUGACCGAGGGGACACAUUGAAAAGAGGCAGGACACAAGUCCAGGAGAGCCUGCCUCUGUAUGACCUGCAGGUCACCGUGUUCCCUGUGGACAGUCAGACGCCUUCUAUUGCAACAGGAGAUGUGUUUGUGGUGGAUGAAGGGGGUGUGGCCCCUAUAACUGUAGCCCACCUCAGUGCCUCGGAUGUGGACACUCCCCUGGAGGAGCUGGUGAUCAGCCUGGUCUCUCCUCCCCAGUAUGGCUACAUUGAGAAUAUCCUGCCCAGUCCUGGAUUUGAGAAAAGCAACACAGGCAUCAGCAUCGCCUCCUUCUCUUACAGUGACAUCAUGAACGGACAUGUGAACUAUGUCCAGUCCAGACACCAGAGGAUCGAGCCAACCGCUGACCAGUUCAUGCUCUGCGUCUCUGACGGGAAACACACCUCGGCCCACGUCCACUUCUACAUCAUCAUCAACCCCAUCAAUGACGAGGUCCCGGAGUUUCUCGCCAGAAAUAUCACGGUGCGAGAGGGCCAUAUGAAGGAGCUGGACCCUGCUGUUAUAAACGCGGUGGAUCUGGACAUCCCUAAGAACAACCUGCUGUUCAGCGUGGUCCAGGCCCCCCGGCAUGGCACCAUCAUGGGCCGAACGUAUGGCAACGACGUGCCCGCCAAUGGAAGACCUGUCAACAGGCACAGGGACGCAGAGGUGCUGGUCCAGGACUUCACCAUGCAGGAGUUGAGGAAUGGUAUGUCUCUGAUGUACAUGCAUGAUGACUCUGAGAACAUGGUGGACAGCUUCACCAUCCAGCUGAACGAUGGGAAACACCAGCUCCAGAGGCACGUGAUGGUCAACGUACUCCCUGUCAAUGACGAGGAGCCUCGAGUCAUAAGGAACAAUGGACUGGAGGUGGAGGCAGGCGAGGCUAGGCUGAUCUCCAGUGCUAUUCUCUUUGCUCAGGACAGAGACACUACCUCUCAGGAGAUAGUCUACAUGUUGGAGAGCGUUCCCACUCAGGGACUGCUACAGGUUAAGGUAGGCUCUGACUGGGUGACCCAGUCUGCGGGGAUGAACUGCACCCAGGAGACAGUGGACAUGAACCUGCUGCGCUACCUCCAUACCGGGCCACUGGGACACACACAGGAUUUCUUUGUGUUCCACCUGCUGGACGGGAAGAACCGCUCCCCCGCGCAGCACUUCCACAUCUCACUCAAGGACAUGGAGAAAGGAGACAUUGCCAUUUUUGUGAAGCCGGUGAAGACCAGCCGCGGUGAGCGCGUGGUUCUGACCACAGACGUCCUGCUGGCGACGGACGGUACAGACAAACCCGAGGAGCUGUUCUACAUCGUUACAGUCCCCCCCGGCAACGGCCACAUGGAGUACAUCAAACACCCUGGGGUGGCCAUCAGCACCUUCAGCCAGAUGGACAUCGCUGCCAACCUGGUGGGCUACGUCCACGACAACAGAGCCACCGCGUCGUUGGAGACACUACAGUUUGUCGUCAGCAAUGGCAAGGCCACCCGUAACGGCACCCUGGAGAUUUACGUUGAGACCACCGACCGCGUGCUGCCAUCACUGACCUGUAACAGCGGCUUGAGAGUCCCUCAGGACUCCUCCAUGGCGGUGACCCCUGACGCCCUCGCCUUGUCCGACCCCGACACCCCACCCAGUGACCUGCACUUCUUCCUGGCCCAGCCUCCGCAGUACGGCACACUGCUUCGUGGCGGUGUCCCGCUCGCUGCCGGGGGUAACUUCACCCAGUGGGACCUGCAGGAGCUGGAGGUGACUUACAGGCACGGGGGCGGCCCGUCGCAGAUCGACCACUUUGCCUUCACGGCCUCAGACACUACCAACAGAAGUUUCCUGCUGGAGGGGAGGGUACAGAUGGAGCCUGUUAUCUUUACCAUUCAGAUUGAGCCUUUGGACAGCUCGGCUCCUGAGGUUGUGCAGCUGCAGUCUCUGUGGAAGGCUGAAGUCCUGUCUGACGGUCGCUAUGGGAUCUACCUCUCGUACCGGGAGCUGAGAGCGCAGGACGGCAACACCAAGGACGAAGACCUCACCUUCCACAUCCACAGACCACCAUACUUUGGCUACCUGGAGAAUACGAUUAAAGGCAGCUUUAUCCAGCAGCAUUUCACUCAGAGGGACCUGAGCAAAAGGACUAUCGUGUAUAUCAUAGACCCAGCGACAGAAGCCCUGUCGGACAGCCUGGAGUUCAGAGUGUCCGACCCCCUGGGGAACACUGGGCCCUCCCACACGCUGGAGCUGAAGUGGUCUCGUGUGGAGCUGGCUGUGUCUGAGUACCAGGCAUGUGAGGACCAGGGCAGUGUCUCACUGGACGUCCUACGGAAAGGCAACAUGGCCGAGUCCUCGUACAUCACCAUCAAGGUGAGAGAGGUCACAGCGACUGCUGGAAAGGAUUUCACUCUGAGCCCGUCCAGCCUAAUCCAGUUUGAUCCUGGCGUAUCCAAAAGGAGCUGGCGUAUUGAAAUGACCCAAGAUCACCUGGAGGAGGCAGACGAGACAUUUGAAGUGACACUGGUGUCCCCUGAGGGAACCGUUGUAGGCAGCACCUCCAAAGCGCUGGUUAAAAUCAAGGACUCUGGGAAAGGACAGUGUGGAUCCAGUCGGGCCCCUAUGGGCUCCAGUCUGGGGGGGAAGCAGGUUCAGUCAGGGCCGUACCCCCAGCAUGGCUCCAUUCAUUUGGAGACACUACCCCUUGCCAAGGAGACCAGCAGAUGACCUGGACCCGGGGCGAUGGCAUGCCCCAGUCUGUGCCCGCUGCUGUGCCCGCCACGCCCCAUAUGAAACUCAGAGCCAUGGCCAACAGAGAGACGAUUCCACCAUCGUCAGUCCAUCGUAAUGGAACAGACACUGUGUUCACG